AUGUUUGUUGAUUUGGUUUCUUAUAUAGUGUCAUGUAUUUCUGCAUUAUUGGCGGUUGCUUUUUUUACAUUGUUGGAGCGAAAAGGGUUAAGAUAUUUUCAGAUACGUAAAGGGCCUAAUAAAGUGGGUUUAAUAGGAUUACCUCAACCUUUAUCAGAUGCAAUUAAAUUAUUUAGUAAAGAAUAUAUUAAACCUACUAUAGUUAAUUAUUUUCCUUUUUUAAUUUGUCCAUUUUUGAGUUUAUUUUUUGCUUUAUUUUUGUGAAUAUUAUAUAAUAGAUAUUUUUUUGUAACUAUAGGUGGAAUGAGAAUAAUAAUAUUUUUGUGUAUUUCUAGAAUUGGUGUAUAUACUGUAAUGGGGGCUGGGUGAUUUUCUAAUUCUAAGUAUGCUUUAUUAGGAUCUGUUCGUGCGGUUGCUCAAAGAAUUUCUUAUGAGGUAAGAAUGUCUUUGAUUUUAAUAAGUUGUUUAUUAUUAGUAGGAAGGAUUAAUUUAGUAAGUUUAUUGAAAUAUCAAUAUAUUUGUUGAAUUUUUUUUGUUAAUUUUUUUAUAUUUAUAAUGUGGGUAGUAUCAAUAAUUGCGGAGACUCAUCGUGCUCCGUUUGAUUUUGCUGAGGGUGAAUCAGAGUUAGUUUCUGGAUUUAAUGUGGAGUAUGGGGCGGUAGGGUUUGCUUUAAUAUUUAUAGCUGAAUAUGGAAAUAUUUUGUUUAUAAGGUUUUUGUGUGGAGUUAUAUUUUUUGGGGGAGGAUUUUUAGGAAUUUCUAUGGGGUUUUCUAUAUCAUUGGUUAUAAGGUUAUUAAGAUUUUUAUUUAUUUGAGUUCGAGCAAGUUAUCCACGAUAUCGAUACGAUUUAUUAAUAUAUUUAAUUUGGAAAAGUUAUUUACCAUGUGUAUUAAUAAUUUUGAUGUUUGUUGGGUUUUUUAGAAAAAUAAUAUUUUAUUUUUAG